AUGGCACUGAAAGUUGCUUUGCAGUAUGAUGAAACGGCGGUUAUGUGCGAAGACAAACUCCCUACGGCAGAAUGUGAAAACAUUUUUGGAAAAACAAAAGUGGCAGUAGGUAAGGAUGACGAUCGAGAGGAGAAGUGCUUUAAGAAUGCUGCUAAAGCCGAGGACGAUCAAAUAAAAAAAUUUGCUGCCGGCAUAUGUCCUAAGACUUGUGGCUAUUGCUGCAAAACUCCAGAGUACGACUGUCCAAAUAGCCCUAACCCUCGUCUCGAAUGCUCACGCGUAACGAAGGAUAUGUGCAAGGAACCACUCUGGAAACCUAUCCUUGUACAAGACUGCCCUAAAACUUGUGGCUUUUGUUUGGAAGGUGAAUAG